CCCGGGUGGUGCGGUCCGCUGUACGUGCCGGCCGCGCCAGGGCCGCGGGAGUCGCCAGCGCCGGACGGGCCGGGCCGGCGAGCAGCUGGAGGAGCUUGACGGGGCCAUACAACCAAAACUCCUUGAACUGUCUCCAGGGAGACUUUCCCUGCUGCUCACCACCCUCCGUGCUGGAGCUCACAGCCCCCACCGGCACUCGUUUGCAGAUCCAUAGGUGCAAGUGCCUCUGACUGCCAUGGGGGAAGCCAGCAUGGACCCAACCAUCUCCUCUCCAGACAGCACUACACAGCAGGACUCUCUCUUCAGCAUGAUGGAUGUGUUCCUCAUCUCCCUCAUCACCGGCCUUUUUACCUACUGGUUCUUCUUCCGCAAGAAAAAGGAGGAAGUGCCUGAGCUCCCCAAAAUGCAGUCAGUAGCAGCUCCAGUGAGAGACAGCAGCUUCAUCGAGAAGAUGAAGAAGACGGGCCGAAAUAUAGUGGUUUUCUACGGUUCCCAGACGGGCACAGCAGAGGAGUUUGCCAAUCGCCUCUCCAAAGAUGCCCAUCGUUAUGGCCUCAGGGGCAUGGCAGCAGAUCCAGAGGAGUAUGACCUGUCAGACCUGAGUCGCCUCUCUGAGAUUGACAAAUCCUUGGCUGUGUUCUGCAUGGCCACCUAUGGAGAGGGGGAUCCCACGGACAAUGCCCAGGAUUUCUACGACUGGCUGCAGGAGGCCGAUGCCGACCUGUCGGGUCUCCGGUUUGCAGUCUUUGGGCUGGGGAACAAGACUUACGAGCACUUCAAUGCCAUGGGGAAGUACGUGGACAAGAGACUGGAGGAGCUCGGAGCCCAGCGCAUCUUCGAGCUUGGGCUGGGAGAUGACGAUGGCAACCUGGAAGAAGACUUCAUCACCUGGAGAGAGCAGUUCUGGCCAGCAGUGUGUGAGCACUUCGGGGUGGAGGCUACAGGAGAAGAGUCCAGCAUCCGGCAGUACGAGCUGGUGGUGCACACAGAUGUGAACAUGAACAAAGUCUACACGGGGGAGAUGGGCCGGCUCAAGAGCUACGAGAACCAGAAGCCCCCGUUUGAUGCCAAGAACCCCUUCCUGGCUCAGGUUACAGAGAACCGCAAGCUGAACGAGGGUGGAGAGCGACACUUGAUGCACCUGGAGCUGGAUAUCUCCAAUUCCAAAAUCAGGUACGAGUCCGGGGACCAUGUGGCCGUGUACCCAGCCAACGACUCCUCCCUGGUGAACCAGAUCGGUGAGAUCCUGGGCACAGAUCUGGACACUGUCAUGUCCCUAAACAACUUGGACGAGGAAUCCAACAAGAAGCAUCCCUUCCCUUGCCCCACAUCGUACCGGACAGCCCUGACUUACUACCUGGACAUCACCAACCCUCCCCGCACCAACGUCCUGUACGAGCUGGCCCAGUACGCCACAGACGCCAGCGAGCAGGAGCGCCUCCGCAAAAUGGCCUCGUCCGCUGCCGAGGGCAAGGCGCUGUACCUCAGCUGGGUGGUGGAGGCCCGCAGGAACAUCCUGGCCAUCCUGCAGGACAUGGCCUCCCUGCGCCCCCCCAUGGACCACCUGUGCGAGCUCCUGCCCCGCCUGCAGGCCCGCUACUACUCCAUUGCCUCCUCCUCCAAGGUUCAUCCCAAUUCCAUCCACAUCUGUGCCGUGACAGUGGAGUAUGAGACCAAGACAGGCCGCCUGAACAAAGGGGUGGCCACCAACUGGCUCAAGAACAAGGUGCCUGACCAGAACGGGAGCAGCUCCCUGGUGCCCAUGUACGUCCGAAAGUCGCAGUUCCGGCUGCCCUUCAAGCCCAGCACGCCCGUGAUCAUGAUUGGGCCGGGCACUGGCAUCGCCCCCUUCAUCGGCUUCAUCCAGGAGCGGGCCUGGCUGAAGCAGCAAGGCAAAGAGGUGGGUGAGACGGUGCUGUACUAUGGCUGCCGCCAUGAGCACGAGGACUACCUGUACCGGGAGGAGCUGGCCCGCUUCCAGAAGGAGGGAGUCCUCACCCAGCUCAAUGUGGCCUUCUCCAGGGACCAGGCUGAGAAGGUUUACGUCCAGCACUUACUGAAGAAGAACAAGGAAAACGUCUGGAAGCUGAUUGAUGAGGGAAUGGCUCAUAUCUAUGUGUGUGGCGACGCCCGGAACAUGGCCCGGGACGUGCAGAAUGCCUUCUACGAGAUCGUGUCCGAGUUCGGGAACAUGAGCCAGCCCCAGGCCGUGGACUAUGUAAAGAAACUGAUGACAAAGGGCCGCUACUCCCUGGAUGUGUGGAGCUAAGAGCGGGGCUGGCGGGGCCGGGGAGAGAACGGGUCCCCAGGCGCGGGCCGGGGGAGCUGGGCAGUGCCUGCUCGCCCACGGCUGCUGUGGGUGACGGUGUCGUCCCCAGCCCGCAGCUACCCCGGUGUCACUCCCAACCCCUCCUGAGCCCCAGCAGCCCCUCGGGGCAGGCUGUGGAGCCAGGGGGUGGAAAAGGUUGAGAGGGGCAGGGGGGUAGCUCCGGCUGCUGUCUGGGUGCCACCAGCACCUCAGGGUGCACCCCGUGGCACCAGCGUUUGCCGUGAGGCCAGGGGCAUCAGGGACACAGCCGCUGUGGGGCAGGAGGGAUGGACACACUGCCAGGGAGCUCCGGGCUCCUUCCCUGAGCACAGGUGUUGGGCUGGAGCCCACCCUGGCCUGCAGGGACAGCAGAGGGGUGCGGGGGCUGUGCUCGGGUUCCGCUUGAGGCUGUGCCUCCCUCCUGCCACCCCUGUGUGCCCGGCUGUAGGGUGUGGGGCUGGCAGCUGGCUCUGGGCACAGAGCUGUCCCAUGGCCCCACCACAUCCCGCUCCAUUCCCGCUCCAGCAUCAGCGGGAAGGGGGUGGCUCCUUUUCCCUCGAGAACACGCCCGGUUUGGGAGGCGGGGUCUCCAUCAGGCCCUGCUCGCUCCCCUGAGCCCAGCCCCUCCCUCACGCCGUGUACGGUCAUUUUUUAAAUACUGUUUUUAUUUUGAAUAUCUUUGUGAUUUAAUCAUGGGGGGGGGGGGGGAACCAACAAAAAACCUAGACUUUCAGGCUCUCCAAUGAUUGUAAAUUAUUUAAAUACAUUUGCCCUUGGAAUAAAAAUACUGUGUCUGGA